AUGCCUGGCUUUCAUGUCAAUUGGAAGAUCACAGAUCCGGGAUUUUCUGUUGUGGUCCAAUGUAGAUACACUCCUCCGGUGCAAAUCAUCGGAACUACGAUCGAUGUAUUGACCCUCCAUAUCGGCGACCAUCCUUCAUCGAGACGACUAUCCGAUUCAUCAGGACUCAUGUGCAUGACCAUUGAUACAAGAAACACAGGGCAAUACGCGCCUCAAAAUAUUCCUGCCAGUACUUUCAGAAAUAUCGUUUCGUCGUCACUUGUUGACGCUGGUCCUAUUCUCACUAUAGCUACUCGGUGCUUAAAACGACCACUCGUUCGCUCCCAUAAUGACGGGUCCGAAUGA